GAGAGAGAGUGUGUGUGUGUGUGUGUGUGUGUGAGAGAGAGUGUUCAUUAGGGUGUGUCUGCUCUCAGAAUCUCCGGCGACUCAUUCUCUACUGAAGCUCCUCCACUGAAGACUCAUUUGACAGCAUUGUGUGAGAAUGGAUCCUCUGUCAGCAGCGCAGACGCGGUUCUCCCUCGACCUGUUCCAGAGAAUCCGUGAAGGAAACGCGUCAGGGAAUGUGUUUUAUUCUCCUCUCAGCAUCUCUGCGGCUCUCUCGAUGCUGUCGCUCGGGGCUGGAGGACACACGGCUGCUCAGAUGAGCCGGACUUUGCAUUUGGAGUCAGAAACCCACGCCAGCUUCGGCAAACUCCUGAGCGAGAUGAACCGCGCCGAGGCUCCGUACGCACUGAGCAUCGCCAACCGCCUGUACGGAGAGAAGAGCUACCGAUUCACUGAGAAGUUCGUCAGUGACACGAAGGGCCUGUAUCAGGCGGAGCUGGAGACGCUGGACUUCCUCGGGCAGCCGGACUCGGCUCGCGUCCACAUCAACCGCUGGGUGGAGGAACACACACAAGAGAAGAUCAAGGACCUGCUGGCCGACGGAGACGUGGACCCUCUGACCAAACUCGUGCUGGUGAACGCGGUGUAUUUCAAGGGCGACUGGGAGAGGAAGUUCAGAGAGGAUCUGACCCGAGACGAGCAGUUCAAGAUCAACAAGAAUGAGUCGAAGCCGGUGCGGAUGAUGUUCCAGAAGGCCAAGUUUCAUCUGGCCUUCAUCCCGGACGUGAACUGCCAGAUCCUGGAGCUGCCGUAUGUGGGGAAAGACCUCAGUAUGUUGAUCCUGCUCCCCAACGCCAUGGAGGACGACAGCACCGGCCUUCAGAAGCUGGAGAGCGCGCUGACCUUCGAGAGCUUCACGGAGUGGACCCGACCCGACAUGAUGGACCUUCUGGAAGUGGAAGUGUCUCUGCCCAGAUUCAAGAUGGAGGAAACCUACAACAUGAACUCUCUCCUGAUUAGCCUGGGAAUGGUGGAUGCGUUCGACCCGCAGAAAGCUGAUUUUUCGGGAAUGUCCCCCGGGAACGAUCUGGUGUUGUCGAAGGUGGUGCACAAGUCAUUCGUUGAAGUGAACGAAGAGGGAACGGAGGCGGCGGCGGCCACCGGGGCCGUGAUGAUGAUGCGCUGUCUGAUGCGUGCCGAGCGCUUCUGUGCCGAUCACCCGUUCCUCUUCUUCAUACGCCACAACCCGUCCCGGAGCGUGCUGUUCUACGGGCGCGUCUGCUCCCCGUGAGGUCCACGGGAUAAAUCUCAGUAGAACAGGUUCUGGUCUGUGGAAAGUCCAGUUGCUCUUCAAUGAAAAUGCCUUAAUUCCUGCGUGCCUGUGUAGUUUUCUCUAUUUAAUAAUCUGGAGUGAAAUUGUUUAUGCAUUUGUGUGUGACAUUAUGAAUAAACAACUUGUGAUUGUUCAAAAAAUAAAAUGAAACCUGUAUCUUUA